AUGGCUUCUUCUCUCACUACAAUCAUUUUCGGGCCCACAGGCCAAGUCGGCUCCGCAACUGCUCGCGCUGUGCAAAAGCUCGGUGCAAAUGUGGUUCUUGCUUUGCGUGAUCCCAACAAGCCUAUUCCAGGUCUCACCUCAGAGCAGGAGAAGGCCGGAGGGUAUCGAAGGAUUCAAGCAGAUCUUACUAAGCCUGACACCAUUGAGGCUGCUGUGCGCGCCACCGACGCUAAGCGCGCAUUCAUAUACCUCGCUCACGGUUCUCCCGACCAUAUGAGGAAGACUAUCGAAUCCCUCAAGGCUUCCGGUGUCGAGUUUGUUGUCUUCCUCAGUAGUGUCUCAGUGCAAGGUGAUAUCAGGCAGGUCCCACCGGAAGAGUACAUACCGUAUGCACAUGCACAGGUCGAGGUCAAUCUUGACGAAGUCUUUGGAGGCGGUGGUUAUGUAGCUGUUCGACCUGGAUUCUUCAACACGAACGCAACGUGGUGGCGGGGUAUGCUCCAGGAGGGGAACGUGAGAAUGGCCUACCCAGAUGCCAAGGUCGACUGGAUAUCACCCGAGGACAUCGGCAAGGUAGCGGGAACGGUCCUCGUGAAAGGGGCUCAGGCGACGGAAGGCGCUGAAGAGCCAACUUUCAUUACUCUUUGUGGACCGAAGCUGGUGUCUCAGAGAGAUGCUGUGAAGACAUUUGGUGACGCCCUUGGAAAACAGAUCACUGUCACCGAGUUGGAUGAAAAGCAGGGUCUUGAAGUCAUGUUAGAAAAUGGUGUACCACAAUUCGCCGCCGGGCCAAUAAUCGAGUCGAUGAGACCAAAGGAGAGCGGCGAUGGUGGCUUUAAUCCAUUUCAGGGCGAAGCGUACACAAAGGCGGCCGCCAAUCUUCACAAGUAUGCCUGGGAUGUCUCAAGCCUGGAAGAAUGGGCCAAGGCAAACAAACACAUAUUUUUAUGA